UUUUCUUUAAUCGCGGUGAGCUCUUAAGGACGAGGAGCUUCUUGGAUUCUGUGCCUCCCUGCUUCCCGUUAGGGUGGGUAAGUGUGUGUGGAGAUAGAAGCAGGGAUUUUGCAGAGAUGAGCAGACUUCUUCAACUCUUGGAUUAAUAUUAGGAACAAUAUGUUUCUGAAAAUUAGCUUUUCAACAUGAAUGUGAAAGAGUUCCUAGCCAAAGCCAAAGAAGAUUUUUUAAGAAAAUGGGAAAGCCCUCCUCAGAAUACUGCUGGCCUAGAUGAUUUUGAAAGGCAAAAAACUCUUGGAACAGGAUCAUUCGGGAGAGUUAUGUUGGUGAAACAUAAAUCCACAGAACAGUAUUAUGCUAUGAAGAUACUGGACAAACAGAAGGUUGUCAARCUGAAGCAAAUAGAACACACGCUGAAUGAAAAGAGAAUAUUACAAGCAGUGAACUUCCCUUUUCUUGUAAGACUGGAGUAUUCUUUUAAGGAUAAUUCUAAUUUAUACAUGGUAAUGGAGUAUGUCCCUGGUGGUGAAAUGUUUUCGCAUCUAAGAAGAAUCGGAAGGUUCAGUGAACCACAUGCACGAUUUUAUGCAGCUCAGAUAGUGCUAACAUUUGAGUACCUCCAUUCAUUAGACCUCAUCUACAGAGAUCUAAAGCCUGAAAAUCUUUUAAUUGAUCAGCAAGGAUACAUCCAGGUCACAGACUUCGGCUUUGCAAAAAGGGUAAAAGGAAGAACUUGGACGUUAUGUGGAACUCCAGAAUACCUGGCACCUGAAAUAAUCCUCAGCAAGGGUUACAACAAGGCAGUGGAUUGGUGGGCGUUAGGAGUGUUAAUUUAUGAAAUGGCAGCUGGAUAUCCCCCGUUCUUUGCAGAUCAGCCCAUCCAGAUUUAUGAGAAGAUUGUGUCUGGCAAGGUACGGUUUCCAUCACACUUCAGUUCAGACCUAAAGGAUCUUCUAAGAAAUUUACUCCAGGUAGAUUUGACCAAACGAUAUGGAAAUCUCAAGAAUGGUGUAAAUGACAUAAAGAACCACAAGUGGUUUGCAACUACAGAUUGGAUUGCCAUUUAUCAGAGAAAGGUAGAAGCUCCGUUCAUACCAAAGUGCAGAGGCCCUGGAGAUACCAGCAACUUUGAUGACUAUGAAGAAGAAGAUAUUCGUGUGUCGCUAACAGAAAAAUGUGCAAAAGAAUUUGCUGAUUUUUAGUAGGAGUAAGAGGACAAGAUGACAUCAGGGCUCACACUGGGAUCUUUGCACUCUGUUAACAGAUGAGGUGGAGCUGAGACCGACAUAUGUCAAAGCAGUUACCUAGUUACUUCAUUCCACAAAGCUGACUGAGGUCGUUAUUGCCAUCUUCCAUGUGUGCGGUUUGCACCAACCCUUCUAACUAGGCACAAUUAAGCAAGCACUGUUUGUGCAGUAACACAGAAUACUAGACCACUUUCCUACUUAACUUUGGUUUCUGUCGUUCCUUUGUUUCUGUGUAUUGUUCAUUUUCCCCCUUUAAAAUGAAGUAGUUUUUUACCCAAGAAUGCUCCAUUUUAUUUUGAAUAAUGUAUUAUUUGUGUGAGUGAAAUGGAAGGUGUUGCGGCUAGUGUGAUUUAGACUGAAGUGAAAGAUAAAUGUUGCUUCUAGUCUGUGCCAGCCAAUAAUUCUUGUUCGUCUUGUGUCUGAGGCUACAAUUUAUAAYACGUUUUUUUUAGUACCUCAGACUUAAACCUAGCCAACAUUUUUAGCAUUUUUGAAGGUAGUAUUUAUCGCCAUAUAAAUGUCUGCUAAAUUAAUUUAAAAACAUUUCUUCCUGGAGACUGACCAAAUUCAGUAGAAUCAAUUGGAUGGCUUAAGUAGGGGACAGUAGCUAGACCCCGUGCCUUGGUUUUCUACAUCCCUGCAGUUUUUGUCACUGCCUCCUUCCUUUGUAUUCCUCACCUCGGCAGUAGGUAAAUGACCGUCGCCAGGCUGUACCAUGGAAAGCUUGCAGGCUUGUGACAGGGAGUAAUCCACCUGGUCUGGAUUUUGGACCAUAUUUAACCAACUCAACUUACCAGCAUUUCAGUUGGCAGGUAUUAAAUGGCUUUUUUUUUUAACAACAAGAACCCUAAAUUCUUAAAGGAAGUCUUGGUCAGUAUUGUAGAGAAUUAGUCAUUUUGAUUCCCUUUUUCUUUUCUUUUUUCUUUUUUUUUCAUUUUUAUGCCAAUAUUAGGGCUCCUGAAGUAUUUGUUGUUUUAAGCCUUUUUUUUUUUUGAUUUUAAAAAAGGCAUCUGUUUCAAAAAAAACAAAAAGCAAAAUGUGCUCUGCCAUUAGCUGUGAAAAAACAAAAGGUUUAGCAAAUGCAAACUCAUGUUAUGGAUGCAUUGCUGGAUCAACACGGUUAUUUUUUGUUAGCUGUUAAGAAUAAAAGAGGUUAUUGCCAAGUUUUUAUUCUGGUAUACUAUAUUAGUAAACCGAGGAUGGAGUACUGCUACAAUCAUUUUCUGCUUAAUUACAGCACUUCAUUCACAGGGAAAAGAGACAAAGUUUAAAAGCUGCCACAGCUGGGUUUAUUUUAGUUGCAUUGUGUCUUCAUUUCUAACCUACUUUCUUUCAAUCAAACAGAAUGUAUGGUCACACAGAUAUAAGUAUUUGGGCUUAAUUAUGUUUUGUAUACUCUCACCAACUGACUUAAAAAGUACUGCUACCAUGUGCUAGCUUUGGGCACUUUUACACAUUUAUUUCAAUGUUAAUAAUCAGUGGCUCAGCACUUUUUUCGGGGUUGCUUUUAAACUUAUUCAUAGUAGUUUUAUUUGUACACUUGAUUCUGACUAUUUCAGUGACCUGUCUUAAACUGGCACAUCUGAACAGUUUAAACUAGACUCAUUUUACGAUCAAUUUACCUGCAUACAAGGAUGAAUUGUUUUUAAUAAAACUGAGCUAUACGUAGCCACUGUUAUUGUUUGAAUGUCAGUGAAAAUAAGCCACUGGCAAUACUUCCUUUUAAUCUGUAUGGCACUCCUUUAAGAAAGACCUUUGUAGACGUUUUACGAAACAGUAUGAAAUGUAACAUCCAUCAUUCUGUAUGUUUAGGUUGUUGAGCAUUUUUGCACAACGUCAUUAGGAGGCUGACACUGAAUGCAGUCUUUGUCCACCCAUAUUUACAUAUGUGCAAGAAAAGUAUAAGAUACUUUGCUGUAGCAAAUUUUAUGUAACAAAGAUAUAUCGUCACAUUAAUAAAUUUAAAGAAAUCCUUUGUAUGAAAAUGUUAAAAUCUUUUGUAUUUCAUUUAGACCAAGGACAUGCUGUUGUAUGCUAGCUGUAUGCGAUAAAUUCUACAGUAACUUUGUUGUCGUUUAUGAACUUUAAAAGAUUUUAAUAAAUGCUGGAGAUCACAAUUUGAUUCUGUUAUGAUUUUAAUUUUCAAUCAUUACCUUUAGAAUAGGGUUCAGAGAUAUUCUGUUUUGUAAAAUACUGUAAUCAUUCAAGAUGCGUGUACAAUAAGACAAAAGUCUAGGAAAUUGGUUCUGACCUGGCUGUCUGAUACCCAGAUUGAAUUCUUCUUGGGCACAGAAAAAAAAAAAAAA